AUGGGUCUUUUUUUUCGAUCCCAUCUUUUUUUCAUACUUUUUCCAAUUUCUUUUCUCUUUUUCUUCCAUGACUUCUUCCUGAAACUCGGGGCUCUGUCAGUCGAGGCGUCGCUCCAAAAACAUGGGACCGUCAUCCUGGCAAGACCGUUGGCUCUCGGAUCGCGAGGCUGUCGCGGUCGGUCUCUUCUCUUUUCUCGCUCUUUGACUUUACACGAUACCAUUGUCGUGUACAUCAGCCCUUUUUCUCCAUCUUCUGCUGUUUGA